AUGGCAGCCUUCGAAAGCCUGAGAGGAGGAGGAGGGGUACAUUUCAGUCCCGCUGGCACAGAUAUUGAUGAUGAGGAUGAGGAGGAUUCACCGGAGGUUUUGCUGAGUGUUACGGUUCAGCACGGACAGGUGGGUCUCUCUUUCUAUGAGAGUAAAGACUCAUCUCUAAACUAUAUGUUAGACACUCCUGACAACUACGAGCUCCACCUGCUGACAAGAGUCAUUCAGGAGGUUAAGCCUAAUGUGCUCAUUAUCAGUGCAAAACAGGAGAGCAGCAUGACCCGCUUCUUGCAGCAACUUGCCACAAACCCAGACUACAAACCAGAGGUGGUGACAUACCCAUAUGUUGACUUUGGUCUUGAGGUUGGUAAGCAAAGGCUGCUUUCAGCCCAUCUGCCUUUCCUGCCUGUCUCCCUCUCAGAGAGAGAAAAGAUGUCUUACCUCUCUUCCUGCAUCUCCUUUGACUCUCCCCUGAUGCUGAGGGCAGUAGGCGCUCUGUUAAAAUGUCUGGACAGGAGGAGAGUGGGAGUGGAGCUGGAAGACAGCAGUAUUGGAGUUCCUAUCCUACAGUUCAACUCCUACACACUUAAGGGAGUGGUGAAGAUUGACUCUGAUACAUACAGUGCUCUGCAAAUCUUUAAGUCUGAACUCCACCCAUCAGUGUACAAACUACAUUCAGGAGAAAAGGAAGGGCUCAGUCUUUAUGGGAUGUUAAAUCGAUGUAAGUGCAAGUUUGGCUCCAAACUACUACGCCAGUGGUUUCUGCGGCCAACACGGGACCUGGAUGUUUUGCACAGAAGACAGAAAGUGAUGCGUUUCUUCACAUCGCCUCAAAACUCUGACAUUUUGAGCACUUUGCAGUCGUCGCUCCGCAACAUCAGAAACAUUGCAACCAUUCUGCGCAGGAUGUCACUCUCUCACACUAAAGUGACUGAUUGGCAGAGUCUCUACAAGACAGUGUACAGUGCAAUUUGUAUCAGGGACACAGUUCGUAAGCUUCCACAAACCAUUGAGCUUUUUCAUGAGAUUAGUGAGGGGUUCUCUGAUGACCUCCAUUAUAUCGCCUCACUCAUCAGCCGAGUUGUGGAUUUUGAAACUAGUACAGCAGAAAACCGCUUCACCGUCAAACCAAAUGUGGAUCCAGCAGUUGAUGAAAAAAAGAGGAAGAUGAUAGGGUUGUCUGACUUCCUGACAGAUGUAGCCAGGAGAGAACUGGAACAUCUGGAUUCUCGCAUCUCCUCCUGCUGUGUCAUAUACAUCCCUCUGAUAGGAUUUCUGCUCUCUGUCCCUCGGCUGCCCAGCAUGGUGGAGAAAGAGGAUUUUGAGAUAGAGGGGCUUGAUUUUAUGGUUGGUUUUCUGUCAGAGGAUCGUCUUCACUAUCGCAGCCGAAGAACCAAAGAGUUAGAUGACCUCCUGGGGGAUUUACACUGUGACAUUAGAGACAUGGAGACGGCAAUUAUGACACAGUUGCAGAACACUGUCCUCCAGAGGAGCACGUCUCUGUACAAGGUUUUGGAUCUCACUGCUGAACUUGACUGUCUGAUGGCUAUGAGCAGCGCUUCCCAAGAGUAUGGCUAUACCCCACCCAAACUAACCAACCACAGAAGAAUAAUAAUCACAGAGGGCAGACACCCAUUGUUUGAGCUGUGCUCUCCUGUGUUUGUGGCCAACUCCUAUCACUGCACCGAGUCCCAGGCCAGAGUCAAGAUCAUCACUGGCCCCAAUUCCUCUGGCAAGAGCAUCUACCUCAAACAGGUGGGUUUGAUUGUAUUCAUGGCUCUAAUUGGCUCAAAUGUGCCAGCAAAGGAGGCAGAGAUUGGUCUUGUGGAUGGUAUCUUCACGCGCAUGCAGAGCAGAGAGUCUGUAUCUGUGGGCCUCAGCACCUUUAUGAUAGACCUCAACCAGAUGGCCCAGGCCCUGAACAGCAGUACAGGCAGCUCAUUAGUACUCAUCGAUGAAUUUGGAAAAGGAACUAACACUGUGGAUGGACUAUCCUUGCUGGCUGCAUCAAUCUCUCAUUGGCUGAGAAAAGCUCCAGUGGAUGUUCCUCAUGUUCUCCUGGCUACUAACUUUCAUAGUUUGCUGCAGCUGGGCUUGCUGCCCUCCUCGGACUCGCUGUCUCUGCUGACUCUGGAGACAGCAGUGGAUGGGAAUGAGUUGGUGUUUCUGUACCAACUGAAAGAAGGGAUCUGCCAGUCCAGCUAUGCUGCCAACAUCGCUGCACUGGCAGGCCUCCCAACAAACCUUGUACAGAGAGCAGUGGAGGUCUCUGAACUGUAUAGGACAGGAAGGCCCAUCAAACGCACUGACAAAGCAUCAUGUGAUGAGCAGGCUAACAGGUGCAGGAGUGUAGUGGAGCAGUUCCUCAACCUGGAUCUGGAGGACAAGGACUUGGAUCUAAAGCACUUCAUGAGAGAGGAGCUCCUGCCCUCUGCUGGGGAGCUUCUGAACCACUGAAACAUUCUGCUGCUACUGCAAAUACACCUUCACCACUGUGGUCAGUUUGUUCAUUCACUACUUUAGAUUUUGGUAGGUUUUAUGUAAAACAGAAUGUUUUUACAACAACUCUAAGGAAAAACACUGAAAUAUUUAUUAUUCUGAAAGUGUUUGAGAUGCAGUCUGAAAUGUAUAAGUACUGUAUAUACAUUUCAAAAUAAUAAAUUAGAUCAAUGAAGCACA